AUGGGCUCGAUCGUCGCCGGAGAAGACGACACCGACUGGAGCGGCGUCGCGACGAGCUGGACCGUCUCAGCCGGCAAUCUUGCCGACUCGGUGACCGUCGAGUCGUCUCUUUCUCCGAUCGACGACGGCGCGGUCGGCUCAGCUCCGAGAGCUCCUCUCCUCCUGCGCCCUCCCUCGCCCAAUCGCGGCCCCUGCGAGAUCACUGUUAGUUUCGCUCAGCGACACGAGGUGCGCCAAGUUUAUGUCCGAAGCACUGCUCGAGUUUACGAGAUAUACUACGCCCCCAAGCAGCGGGCGGGCAAUGAGUAUCUCUGUACGGUUCGAUGCGGCAUUGUCGUUAGGGACGAAGUUUCUGGCAGGGAUGUUCCUCGAGCAGCUAAUCUCGCUUCUCGUGGGGACUCUAUGGAUGAGUUUGCCGACGAAAGAUCCAAAAAUGAGAUUAAUUUGAAUGCUGGUGAAGACGAUUGGGUUGAAGUGAAGGCGCCCAGUACUUCAUUUGAAACUAAUACAAAUGUCGCUACAUCUUUGAAGUCCUCUAUCAAAAUGGAUUUUUACGAGGCAACAGCUGAGAUUACCGAUGCAGACCCCUGCACAUCUCUCACGAUUCGUAUGCUCUCAGUUCAAAGUGGAGAUUGUGUAUAUAUAGACGAAAUCUAUGUGUUUGCUGAACCUGUUGAAUCUAACUUUGAAGAUGAGGACAGGCAAUUGGGAACUACAGCUGGAACUUCGCUUAUGGCUAUGCUUGUGCCUAGCCUCCUGCAGUUAUCUAAAACGAGAAUGGCUGGUCAAGUACAGGAUAAGGAUGCUCAUGAUGUGAGGGAUAUCCAGAAGUGCCCACCUGCUGGUUCAGAGACAACAGAACCCAAUCUGAGUUCGAAAGUAACUGUAACGGCCGAUGUUGCAAAUAGAGAUGGACAUGCUACUGGCAUUUUUGAUACUCAGCAUAUGGAUAGGGUUAUUUCUGAACCAGCUCAGGAAACUGUACGAGAAACAGAUACUAAUAGGCAGCAGGAUGAUUCUUUCAGUCGCUUUGAAAAUGUCCUAGAACAGCUUGUUUCUCGAGUUAGCAGAAUAGAAAGUUUCUUCUUGAGAUUUGAAGAAAAUAUGAUUAAGCCAAUUAGCAGCAUCGAAGCGAGGCUGCAACUUAUUUUUGUCCCUUGCUCUUCUUGUUCAUUUGAUUGA